UAGAAACCAAACAUUCCUUCAACACCUGUCCCCUUCAAGACCUGUCUUCUUCAACCCUUAUAACAUAUCAGCACUCCUUUCUUCUACACAAUACCACCGCAAAAUGAUUCUGUGACUAUAGUAAUUGUCCCUUAUUACUUGUUUCUCUGGAAAGCCGGACCAUCCUACCCGCCUUCUAACAGCAGCUUCGCCAGUCAUCAAUCAUGUCUCAACAUGUAGACACUUCUACAGGAACUGAUGCCUCCACAAGAGAAGAGGAACGACCGGACCCAACAACCUUCACUCUUAUCAUUGUAUCACCAUCCGCUGGGGUCUCUAGUCCUCUGACCUUUCCCCACCUGCCCGCAACAACAACGGUGAAGGAGUUGAAGGCCAAGAUUCGAGAUUCUCUACCAUUGAAGCCUGCGGACGAGAACCAGCGACUCAUACACCGGGGACGACUACUGGGAAGAGAUGCUGAGACUAUGCUGGACGUUUUUGGCAAAGAAACUCUCGCAAACCCAGAAUCACAAACCUUACAUCUUGUCUUACGACCUACCACAAUAGAUACCCCCUCGACCCAAACCCAGCCGGCCAGCUCUUUUGUCGUACCACCGCCGCGAGCUACCACGCCACGAGCCACCACCCCAGUGCCUCCUCAGGCUCGUCCGCAGUCAGUUCCUGCCAAUCCAAUACAUGGCCUGCAUGCUCAGCAACCCUUGCCCGGAUUUCAACAUAUACAGCAUUAUCAAGCACUUCACCAAGCCGAUCAUUUACAGAAUGUAAUGGCCCAAAGACUCCAGAGUUUACAACGCGAGACUCAGCGUCUACAACACGAGAUGGGGAAUAUCGAGCAGAGAUCCCGAGUCCUAGCCACGGCUAAUCCAGAAAUGUUCAAUAAUCAACCUGGUUUUGCCCAAUUCCCUUUCGCGGGAAUGCAAGCCGCAUUUCAACCUCCACAACUGGGCUUCCGGACAACACAACCUAUGCCUGUGUCGGUUCAGAAUCUGAUAAAUCAACAACAACGGGAACGGGCAGCCGAAGGUCGACAUGGGGCCCAAGAUUCAACCGGCGGGACAAUCUUUGGGGGACUGCCUCGACCAACCUCAUCUGGCAGAGCGAGUCCAAAUCUUCAUCGCCCCGACCAUACUACCACAUAUACUCGGGAAGGAAUUGGCCCAAAUGGAGAAAGAUGGCAAAUGACAGUUAACGAAACUACUUCCACUUUCCCGAUACCACAACCCCAUCCUCUCCAUCACUAUAACCAUCAACUUGGAACAAACCCAGCAAACCCCGCUACAGAAAUCCAAGCUACUCUGCGAAACGCAGAUAGACUACUUGCCGGGCAGAAUGUGCAAAGUUUCCAGAAUUUGCAAAACAGUAUGGGAGGUGCAACAAACCAACCUCCACCAACAGCGACUGCUGGUUCAACAUCUCAAGCCCAAACUACGGCAAGUGUAUCAGAUACCCCUGCUGGAAUACCUCCUCCGGCCACAACCAAUAAUUCUUCCUCCUCAUCCUUGCCGUUGAACCCUACCAUUCCCCUACCUGGCUCUAUGGACCCUGUGGUCUACAUUCUCUCAUCACCUGAAGGUCCUCGGGCCCUCCUUCUGAACAAUUCAGAUACGUUUUAUACUCCUCGACAGGCAUCAAGACGUCGCCAAAAUGAGUCAGCUGCUCCGGUCGUAGCUCAAGGUCAAGGUCAAGGUCAAGCAGAAGCUCCUGUAGGUCCUCCAGAAAUUCGAAAUAGGGCUGCUCAACGGUUGGUGCGACGCGGCCACCGCCAGCGACAAGAGAACAAUCCGCUUGAGCCGGUCGCAGCACCACACGGCAACCCUGCUGCUGGUGCAUUAGGUGCUCAAAUUGGACCCAUGAUCUGGCUCAUGAUCCGCUUGGCGGGUUUUGUAUGGUUUUUCACUGCUGGAAACAACAGCUGGCCACGUUUCUUGAUGGUCAGUGCACUUGCAGUUGCCGUCUUUAUCAUCAAUACAGGAAUCUUCAAUGGUAUUGCCGAGCAAUUGUGGGGUCCGGUCAGAAGGCAUGUAGAAGCUCUAAUCCCACUUGCUGGGCCAGAAGCAGCGUUGGUACCGGCGGCAAAUGCUGCACCCAUUCCCCAACAGCCCGGCCCGGCGCCACCAGCACACGAGCCAGGAGUAAGAAGACGACGUGGUGAGCUUGAUCCAGCUGAAGUUGCCGCUAGACUAUUAGAACAACGAAGACAGGCAGAUAGAGGAUGGCUGAUAGCCCAAAUUCGACGAGCAGAACAUGCUGCCCUUUUAUUCCUUGCAAGUCUCGUGCCGGGUGUCGGAGAGAGGCAUAUUGCGGCUAGGGAAGCAGCGGCCAAUGCUGCCAAUGCCGCUGAGGCAGAGAGACAGCGUCAGACCGAAGCCGCGGCGGCCGCUGAAAACCCUGAGGCCGGAUCACAGCAAGCCGAGAGAGGAAAUCAAGAGAAUCAAGAGAAUCCACCUCAGAAUGCUGAAGGCGUGGUAGUUCCUGCUCCAGCCCAGCCACCUGUUGAGGUUUAACUGUAUGAUAAUUCAAACUAUGGGAUUGCUAAGUUGUGGGUUUUGGUCGAGUUCUUUCAGCGACCUUUGAUGUAGUGUUGCAUAAGAAAAGAGUAAAUGAUAAUGAGAUAAAGACUAAGAAUAAAGGAGUUUCACGACCACAAUAUCCAAAAUAAACGACCACUUGGGUGUGCU